AUGAAAACGACAGGUGUCAUUGUACUCUUGCUUGGACUGAUUGCCUUGUGUUGGGCAGCUGUAGAACUUACAGACGAUAACUUUUCGCAAGUGGUAGGGAAGCAAGACGAAUGGUUGGUUGAUUUUUAUGCGGAUUGGUGUGGUUAUUGUCAAAGAUUCGAGUCAACUUUUGAUGAAGCCGAAAGACAGUUACAAUUAAGCAACUAUAAACAUGUACAGAUUGGUAAGGUGAAUGUAGAUACCAACCCUGGACUAGCAGCAAGAUUCUUUAUUUCUCGUUUACCAACUGUCGUGCAUAUCAAGGAUCAUCAAGUCCGUAGUUUGCCUUCUAUCAAGACAGUAAGUGAUGUUGUCGGAUUUAUUACUCUGGAACAGUGGCGUCAAAUUGACCCAAAAUCAGGCAUCGUUUCUCCCUUUAGUUUAUUUGGACGACUUUUGGGAUUUGUGGGUAGCAUAGUAAAGAAAGCAUCAACAUACUCCUCACCUUGGACAUUGAUUGGAACUUUGUCUGGAAUCUUAGUCUGUGUACUCUGUUUACCUGUCAUCCUUGACAGAUUCAAUAACAAAAAGACAGAUGCAAAGAAAACACAAUAA